AUGGCUGAAGGUUCCGUUAACAUUGACAAAAGAAAGGAGCAAGUAGUCCUGAUGACUGCCGAAGGAAAUGUUUGGAAUAAUAACACUAGACAAUUCGAAAAACUGUUUUUCUUUCUUUAUGGAGCUCAAAAAACCAUCAUUAGAGAGCAGACCGCAAAGGAAUUUGUUCUUCCAACUCAAAAAACUGAAGUCUGCACAAUGUCUGGUAUAGCUGGACAUACCGAAAAGUACCAAACAAACAUUGUCCCCUUCAAAAUCAGCAAUGCCUUUGGCAAGGAGAUCCAUAUGACGAUUCAAACCAAGCCAAUUAUCACUAAUGGUUUUUCUUCUGUACGUCUCAAUGAUGCAGAUAAACAAUACCUCCAAGAUAAUGAGAUUUGUAUAAACAAUCCGAGAGUUCGCGGUGAACAUCAAAACCCGCAAAUAUUGGUCGGUAUAGAUAAUUAUUACGACCUCGUAAACAGUGGAUACUUUAACUUUGCCAUCUGGAUUACGCAUGGCGGUAUUCGGACCAACGAUACACGGCAAAGGGUCAAUCAAUUUGCAGCAAGAAGCGACAACGAUAACACAUGA